AGCGGAGCGUGUAAUAGGACACCGGCUCACUCGUCUCUUCAUUCUCCUCCUCCUCUCUCUUUCCUCUCCUCUGUCCUGUUCUGGCUCAGUCAAACCUGCUCUGUGAGCACUUGGAUGGAUUUCUUCCUGUCACUGUUGGAGACUUGAAGCGAGGAGUUUCAGGAAAAGCUCGGGUCUCGUUUGGUGGGCGUCCUCUCUGCGGUUGGGACAGGCUCUUCCCUGGAAGGAAGGUCACUGGUGCAGUGUGGGUUUGUACAACACAGGUGCUGCAGCAGCUAGCUGGAGUGCACAAAGCAGGCGAUUCUUUCUGCGACUCCAGAGUUAUGCACUGCAAGAGAUAACGGCCCACAGCGCAGAGCAGUUCCUGCAUCCAUCAAUAAUUGAGCUGCUCUUGUCCAGUUAUGGAGAAGGACCAAGUGGCAGCUGGAGCGCUUCUUCAGCUGUUUUUCUUGUUUGUGUAGAUUUGCCUCAUCCAUAUUUAACAGACCGCGGUGGCAGGUCGUUCUCUGAGAGGUGAAGGCGUCGGCAGGCCGGAGGGGUCGGCCGGGUCGCCUCUGCUGUCAGCGAUGGCGUUUUCCCUCCUUGCUCUCUUCUUCCUCAUCAGCUCUGUCUCCAGCCUACCUCAGCCUGUGCCAAGAGUUUUCCUGUCCUUCGGAGAUCUGAAGGGAUCGCAGUCGUUUGAACACUUCAGUAUAUCUGACAAGGCCAUGGACUACAGGAUCCUGCACAUGGAUGAGGACCAGGACAGGAUGUAUGUGGGCUGCAAGGACCAUGUUCUCUCCAUGGACCUCAACAACAUCACCCAUGGCACACUUAAGUUGUUUUGGCCUGCAUCUACAAGCAAAAUACAAGAAUGUCAAAUGGCAGGAAAGGACUCUACACAUGGCUGUGGGAAUUUUGUCCGUGUGGUGCAGCCUUACAACAGAACUCAUCUGUUUAUGUGUGGCAGUGGAGCCUACAGCCCCGUCUGUGUGUACAUCAACAGAGGCCGAAGACCAGAGGAACAAGUGUUUUAUGUCGACUCGGAGAUGGAAUCGGGAAAAGGCAGGUGCUCCUUCAAUCCUCAAGUCAACACCGUCUCUGUCAUGAUCAAUCAGGAGCUGUUCUCAGGCAUGUACAUCGACUUUAUGGGGACAGAUGCUGCCAUCUUCAGGAGCCUGACCAAGAGAAAUGCAGUCCGCACAGAUCAGCAUAACUCCAAGUGGCUCAGUGAACCAGUUUUUAUUGAUGCCCAGCUCAUUCCAGACGGAACUGACCCAAACGAUGCCAAGUUGUAUUUUUUCUUCCGCGAGAGGCUAACGGAUAAUGACGGGAACACUAAAAACAUCCACACCUUGGUGGCCAGAGUGUGUCCUAAUGACACCGGAGGGCAGCGCAGCCUCGUCAACAAGUGGACCACCUUCCUGAAAGCCAGGAUGGUGUGUUCGGUUCUGGAGGACGACGGCACCGAAACGCACUUUGAUGAACUAGAGAGUGUGUUUUUGCUGGAGACGGAUCAGCCCAAAGGCUUGCUGGUGUUUGGAGUCUUCACAUCCACAAGCUCCGUCUUCAAAGGGUCAGCAGUGUGUGCAUACAACAUGGCGGACAUCCUGACCGUGUUCAACGGGCCGUUCGCUCACAGAGACGGACCCAACUUCCAGUGGGUGGCUUUCCAGGGGCGCAUUCCCUACCCGAGGCCCGGGACAUGUCCAGGCGGAGCCUUCACUCCCGACAUUCACACCACGAAGGAAUUCCCAGAUGAUGUGGUGAACUUUGUCCGGAACCAUCCGGUCAUGUUCAACGCCAUCUACCCGGUGGGACGGAGACCCCUGGUGGUCCGCACCGGCGCCAGCUACAGGUACACGGCGGUGGCGGUGGACCAGGUCAUGGCUGCAGACGGGAACUACCAGGUGCUUUUCCUGGGAACAGACAAAGGGACGAUCCAGAAGGUGAUUGUUCUGCCUGGCAACCGGUCCCUGCAUGGCGAUCUGGUCCUGGAGGAGCUGGAAGUGUUUAAGAAUCAAGCUCCUGUCACAAAUUUGAGAAUCUCGUCCAAAAAACAACAGCUGUACGUCAGCUCUGAGUUCGGGGUCUCGCAGGUCUCCUUGCACCGUUGCCACGCCUACGGCUCGGCUUGUGCAGACUGCUGCCUCGCCAGGGACCCCUACUGCGCCUGGGACGGGCUGAGCUGCUCACGCUUCUACCCCACCGGGAAAAGGAGAAGCAGGAGGCAGGAUAUAAUGCACGGAAACCCACUCACUCAGUGUAGAGGAUUCAACUUAAAAGCCUACAGGAACGCCGCAGAGAUGGUGCAGUAUGGCGUGAAAAACAACACCACCUUCCUGGAGUGCGUUCCAAAGUUUCCUCAGGCGUCCAUUCGCUGGAUCAUUCAGAGGGACAACGACAGGAGGAAAGAGGUGAAGCUGAACGAUCGGGUCCUCUCCACUGAGCACGGCCUCCUGAUCCGCUCCGUCCAGCAGUCCGACCGCGGCCUCUACUACUGCCUGACCACCGAGAACGGCUUCAAGCGCACCGUCGCCAAGAUCCGCCUGCACGUGCUGAGCGACGCCAUGGUGAGCGUUCUGGCGGACAAGCAGCACGCGCCCUGGGCCUGGGCCCGCGCCGCGCACCCCAAAGCCCUGCUGGCCGCCUUCAGCCCCGCCGAGAAUCUGGCCGUUCAGCAGUACUGCAAAGAGAGGAAGGACUUCCAGAAGCUGCAGCAGAGGCAGCAGCAGCAGCCACCUGGGCCCCUCAGGGGGGACCUGGCCAAACUGAGGCCCCUAUUGGACCGGAGGAAGAGCCGCAACAGACGCAAUCACCUCCCUGAGGUGUGACGCAUGGCAGCUAUCAGCAGCAGAAGCUGCCACUCACACACCCCCUUCCUAUCCUCUGCCCUUCUAGGCGGCUCCAGACCCGCUGUGGAUGUUAAAAUACAACCAGAAGGUUGGUUCGGGGAGAUUUAAUCCCAUAAAAUCCAGUGUUCUCACAUGAGGUAAUGCGACCAGAUGGCUGUGAUUUUUCAACCACGGGUUUUUGUUUUGCUUUGAUCGUCACAACACGAUAGGAAGCGGACGUGCUGCGACUUCCUCUGAUAAACUCUGCGCUCAGAGGAUAACUCACCUUAAAUACAGCUGCUUUAAUACGUCUAAUGGACCUUUAUCUAUUGCUAUUGUAAUUGAAAAAGGUUCAGAAGAGAUCAGAAUGCAUUUUUGGAUUAGAAAUAUCCAAGUAUGAGAUCACACUUUGCUUUCAUUUCUCUGCUCCUGAGUUUACAAACAUAGUUAUUAUAACAGGUGCAUCAUAAAUAUCUACAGCCCCUUCUUUGGCUUUUUCUCUCCUGGUAAAAAUCUAUAAAAAAUCCCUUGUUUAUUGCAGCAAAAUAAGCACACUGAAAACCUGCAGCAAAACCCGUUCACUCUAACAAGGUUUCCAGGAUUUCUGGAAGAGAAACGAGCCCACAGCAUUACAGAUCCUCCACUGUACUGAACUGUAGGUAUCAGGUUCUUCUCCACACAAUAAUAAUUCACGAUCAGUUUAGUUUUCAUCCCACUAACAUUUCUAUUCCUUUAUAUUUAAACUCUGCUCCACUGUGGAUCGUUUUAAGGUUUUAAAGGUAUUUUGGAGAGUGUAACAUUGCUUUAAAAAGUCAAGUUUAAAGUUAAAAUAAACCUUCAGUGAAAUUUAUUUCCAAAUAACUGCUGCCGAUUUCAUUAACUACAAUAUAAACAAUUUCUAAUUUGGUGUUUUUCAUGAUAAAUUUCUACUAAUUUUGUUUAAAAAAAAUUAGUAGAAAUUAGUUAGUUUUUUAGUUAGUUUUUUUGAGAACAUCAAUAAAUGGCAAA